AUGCGCUCUGAGAUCAACAAGCUGGAGAGAGAAAAUAGGGCCCUUCGGAUAGAACUGAAAUUCAGUGGACAGAGGACAGCUAACUGGGAGGAAGGAGCAAGUGGAGAAUGUGGACAUGAGGAAGCCAGGAGCCUCACUGAUUCAGGGGAAGAGAGGGUCACUUCUCCAAUGGCCCUGCGUAGGAAUGUCUCAGCCAGCUCGGCUCUGGCACUGCAGGAACAGAAAGGUAAUAGUAUGAUUGUUAGGCGCUAUUCCAUUUCUUCCCCUGUGCAAUCUUUUUCUGGACACAAACACCACAAAGCUGAGAAGAGACAUCCAAGUAACAGAAUCCUAGAGGUGCAGGGAAUUGUCAAACCACCAGCAGGCUCCUCGGUGAUGCAACUAACCAAUGAAGAAGAAAAAGUAUCUGCAAAAAUUCCAGCCGAUUGUUUCUCCAGCAAUAAUUCUAGCAAAAGGAGAUCUUUUCAAGAGCAUGUUUAUAAGUGCAGGGGUAAAGUAAAGGCAGUUAGGUUCCUGUUACCAAUGGACAUGUCAUCUUAUUCCGAAAAUCAAGGUUCUUUCAAAUACUCACAAAAUCAGGACACAAAACAGUUAAGCACCAUAAUUGAAAAAGAUAUGUGA